AUGGCGUCGUUGGAUCGUCAAGUCCAAGACUGCGUUGAAGCACUGGGGGUUCCUACUGAAGCGGCAGCUCCUUUGCUACGCCAUCACCAGUACAAUCUCCAGCAUUUACUACAGAGCUACUCGGAUAAACCCGACCAAGUCCUCGCGCUCGCUGGAGUCAAGCAUCGAUGUGGGACUGGUCACACGGGUCACACUGGGACUCAGACCAAUGACAAUGACACGGAAGAUUGUCUGAUCUGCAUGGACUCUCUCACACCCGCCAACAGCAUGAGCAUGCCCUGUGGUCACGUGUUCUGCUUGGACUGCUGGCAAGACUAUCUAGUCAACCUGGCCAAUUGUGAAGGUCCUUCCUUUGUCUCUUCUACUUGUCCCCAGCAGGGUUGUCAGGAAGUCAUUUCCCACACGGAAGUUCAGACAGCGGCGCCUCUCUUGCUCGACAAGUUCCAGCACUACCAACUCCAGUCAUUUGUCGAGUCCAAUCCCCUACUCAAGUGGUGUCCCGGAAAAGCCUGCGACUGUAUUGCCAAGGCGGUGGCUCCACACGUUCUAGAAGAAGCCGCUGAUGUGCACUGCAAAUCUUGCAACACGCAGUUCUGCAUGGCAUGUCCUCCUUCCGAUACGGACGACGCCGUAUGUGAACCACAUGCCAUGAUCUCCUGUCAAACUCUGCAACGCUGGAAGGCCAAGAAUUCCAAUGAAUCCGAAACAUCCAACUGGAUUCUAGCCAACACCAAGAAUUGUCCUCACUGCAACUCCCGCAUUCACAAGGAUGGAGGAUGCAUGUACGUGACAUGCCAGAAAUGCAAAAAGGGAUUUUGUUGGAUGUGCAAGGGAACACAUCACGUCUGGCAGUGCAAUGCCUAUCAGGCAUCUCCUGCUGCCGAAGACGAUGUCGCCAAGGCAAAGAAUGAACUCGAACGAUACUUGCACUACUAUGAACGCUAUCAUGGACACAACAAGGCUCAAACGUUCGCACAAAAACAACUCAACAAAUUGAUCAAGCAAGAAUUGCAGGAUGCCAAUGGAACUACCCACUCCAGUCACAAAAAGAAGAAGAAGAAAACCAAAACCAAAACCAAAACCAAAACGGACUCUACCACUACCACGGAUUCCACCAAGUCGGACAAGAUGGACGUGGAGGAAACCGAAGAUGAGGAAGAAGAAGCUCCGCCGGUAGAUGUCCGUCUCCCCUCGCUCCUCAAAGAUGCCAAUCAACAACUCGUGCAGUGUCGUCGGGUACUCAAGUACUCGUACGUAUUUGCCUACUACCACUUUGGGCCGCAAGCAAACGAGUCCUUGAAACGACAGAAAGAAACAUUCGAACAUCAUCAGGGAAUUCUCGAAGGAUUGACAGAGGGAUUGUCCAAAAUCACAGAAAUCAAACAGCGACACAAAAUCAAUCUGCAGGAUGUCACUAACCGCACGCGGGUCAUUGGACAGUUCAUCAAGAAUGUACUCGAAAAUGUUCAGACCAUGAAGGAAAUGGAGGUCUGA